AUGUCGUUAUGUUUGCUACAGAGAUUGCGAAACCAGAAAUCAUCCCUAAUAUUCAAUAGUCCCAACUUAUUCACCCAUUUCUACUCAUCUCUCUCUGAAACCUAUUAUCAAAAUUCACCCACUCCNNCCUAUUAUCAAAAUUCACCCACUCCGAUUCAUAAACAGUCAAUUCUAGCAUCUGGGCAUGUUUUUUGUUGUAGAAAUAAUGGGUUCUCUUCACUUUUGCGUGAGAAUUUAAACAUUCCAUGUGGGUCUGUUUCUGCACGUUUAUUGAGUUCGCAGGCUGUAGUUGAGCAAUCCACUUCUGAUGGGCUCACGGUGGAGGGUAUAAUUGCUAAUGGUUGGAUCAUAUAUGAUGAUGAUGAGAGUGAUUGGAAGAGCCAUGCCUCUGCCAUUGCUCAGUCCGUUCAUCUUAUCAAGAAACGCCUGAGGUGGAAAAAGUUAAUACAUAGGCUGGAGAUAUUAUCAGACCAGCUGAAUAAGCCAGACCUAUGGGAUGAUCCUGUAUAUGCAGGGAAGAUAAGCCGUGAACAUGGUUCACUUAUGGGAAAAAUGAAAGAGGUUAAUGCAUUUGAGCAAGAACUACUUGAGCAUAUUGAUAUGAUAAAACUUUCUCGGGAAGAGAAUGAUGCAGAAUUGGAAUUGGAAUCUCAAAAGGCUCUACUUACAAUGAGAAAAAACAUCAAGGAAAAAGAGCUUGAAGCUUUGUUAGUUGGGGAGCAUGACACUUCUUCUUGUUUCAUUGAGGUUCAAGCCGGAGCUGGUGGUACUGAGAGCAUGGACUGGGCUUCAAUGGUCAUGCAGAUGUAUAAGACAUGGGCUGAACGUCGAGGCUUUGGAGUUACCGUUGUGGAUGAAAUGCCUGGUGAGAUGGCAGGAAUCAAGCGGGCAACAAUCAGAGUUGACGGCGAGUAUGUAUUCGGAUAUGCCAAAUCAGAAGUUGGGGCACACCGUUUAGUACGUAUCUCACCAUUUGACAGCAAUAAGCGCAGGCAUACUUCAUUUGCUUCUGUAGCUGUAAUUCCAAUUCUAGGUGAUAUCAAAUCAAAUUGUCCUGUUAAUUUGAAGGAAACAGGACCAAAUGUUGCACGUGAAAGUGAAUCUGAAGAACCAGAUUGGGAGAAGUGCUUAGCCAUUAAAGUUAUUGAUCAACCAACAAAUGUGACUUCUGUUUGUACACCAGACCAACGCGCUUACAGAUGCAAAUGUUUUCAAUGA